GUGUUAAUGAGACACAUCAUUCUCUUGUUGAUCAUGCAAUGCUUUGCUUCCAAUAUUGAUGUUUAGAUCUCAUAUAUAGAUGCCCCCUUGAUCAACAUACAUUGGUGUAGUGAUACUGUCUUAGCACUCACAUCUAAAGGAUCUGUAUAUAGAAGCGAUGAUCGUGGUAGAUAAUGGACUAAAAUGUCUGAGAUAUUUCAUCGCAAGGCUCUUAUAUAACUUGAAGAUUCAGAUGAAAGAGUAGGAAUUGUAAAUAAUUUUGUUCCUAGUCCUGUAGAUAAAUAAUUAGUAUUAUUUACAGGAACAGAUCAAAUUGCUUGGAUUUCUCUUGAUUGUGGAAAAACAAUAACAGCUGUCAAUGCUGGAAAAUAGUUGCGAGAAUAUCAAUUUCAUCCACUUGAAAAAGAUUGGAUUAUUGCAUCAGCAUGGAAAUAAUGUGGAUCUGAUGAAUUACUAGCAGGAACACCUUGUGUUUCUUAUAAGGAACUUCUUUUAAGUUAAGACACAGGAAUUACAUGGCAUUAAAUAGCAACUUAUGUAAAUCAAUUUACUUGGGGUGUCAAAAAUAAAGAAAUGGCUAAAUAUACUCCUAAGGAACGAAUUCUAGCAUCAUUUGAACCAUAGGGUAAAGGACAUUAAUCAAUUAGCAGUUGGAAUAUGGAUUAUAAUCUAUAUUAUAGUGAUGAUUUUUUCUAAACUCGUACUUUAAGUGUCCCUGCAGGUUCUAAAUUUAUGCUUACAGAAUCCUUCUUAUUUGUUGCUAAAGUUACAUCUUAAGUAACAUAAGAAGUUAGUCUAUAUGUGAGUGGAACAGAAUUAGGUUAAUAUAAAUAUAGUAUAAUUGAUGCAGAUUCUAAACUAUUAGAACAUUCAUAUAGCAUAUUAGACACUUCAGAAAAUUAAGUUUUUAUGGUUGUUAAUCAUCUCAAACCAUCUUCUCCAUUAGGAGUUAUUUAUAUUAGUGAUUCUACUGGUACUAGAUAUUCUAGAUCCUUGGAGAAUGUUUCAAGGUUGGAAAACAGUGCUGAAUUUUAUAGAGUCUAAGGAUUGGAAGGCAUUUAUUUAGCUAAUGUUUAUGCUGAAGAUUAAGCUAAGAUAUAUACAAAUUAAGUAUUUGAAUCUAUGGAAGAAGGCUUCUACUCUUAACAAAAUGGAUUUAAAGAUGAAGAUCUAAAGAAAUAUAAACAAACCAGGAUUACUUUCGAUAAGGGAGGAUAAUGGGUCCCUUUGAAGGUAUUGAUUAAAUUUCUAUCUUCAUUAGCCUCCCACUGUUGAUGCCGAUGGAAAACCAAUUAAUUGCAAUAAGUGCUAAUUGCAUUUGCAUCUUAGUUAAGCAUUUUAUUAAUUCGCACCUAUUUACACUUAAACUAAUUCCAUUGGUAUUAUUGUAGCAACAGGUUCUAUUGGAAAAUAUUUAAGUUAUCGAUAGGAUUAAGUUCAUACAUAUUUAAGUAGAGAUGGAGGAUUGACUUGGAUUGAAAUUAAAAAAGGAUCUUAUAUUUAUGAAAUUAGUAAUCAUGGAGGAUUAAUUGUUAUGGCUAAAGAUUAAGAAACAACUAAUUAGAUUGUAUAUUCUUGGAAUGGUGGUAUGGAAUGGACUCCAUUCAAUAUAUUGGAUUAGAAAGCAGAAAUCUAAAAUAUUAUUACUGAACCUUAAAAUAAAGGAACUAGAUUUAUAGCUUAUGGAGCUAUUCAAUUAGAAUCUAAUGGCAUUAGAACUGAAUAAGGAUUAUUGGCAACUAUAGAUUUAGAUGAAUUACAUUAGAGAAAUUGUAUUGGAUAAGAAAAAGCAGGUGAAAUUGGAAGUGAUUAUGAAUUAUGGACACCUUCUGGUCUUGUUAAUCCUGAAUGUUUAUUUGGUAAAAAGGUUACUUAUAUGAGAAAACGUAGAGAAGCUGCUUGUUAUAAUCCAGAAUAAUUGGAAAGAAUUAUUAGUGUUACUCCUUGUUAAUGCUCAUAAGAAGAUUACGAAUGUGAUUUAGGAUUUGUUAUGAAUAAUUAGUAAUGUAUUCCAAUAAAUGGUACUUUAAAUAUUGAUCCACCUGCUGAAUGCGAUGGAUAUUAUACUGUUUCAAGUGGAUAUAGAAAAAUAGCAGGAGAUAUUUGUGAAGGUGGAGUGGAACAUAUUUCAAUGAGAUUCACUUGUCCCAAUAAUAAGAAUUGGAUAUAUGAUUGGUUAAUUAUUGGAGGAGUUUUAUUUGGAUUAUAUUGGGUUUACAAUAAUCAAGAGAAAGUAAAAGAAUAUUUUGCUAGAACCGAAAUGCAUGAAUUACCAUAAUCAAAAUAAGAAGUAAUAAAUAUUAUCAUUUAUAAUUAGAUAUUAAUCCAAUAGAUUUAAUAAAAAUAAUCAAGAUAAUAGUAAUAAUAACAACAAUAAUAAUAAUAACAAUAUUAACCAAUAGAUUUAGAAUAGAAUGAAUAAGAAGAUUAAAAGUUUGAUGAAGAUUUGAUAGAAAAAGAUGAUGAUGUAUAAAUAUAAGAUGAAACAGCUCAUGAGUUGAUUUGA